AUGACUUUCCCGCGGCGUGCAAGCCGUGCACUGCAGCAGAAGCAGCAGCACCGCUUGGUGACAGUUCUCGUCGUGCUUGGCGCUCUUUUGAACACCAGAGUUCAUGGACAAAACACAUGCCCAAGAACUUACUAUGUCCAGGAGUCAACUUCAGCUUUACAGCGAGCUAUUUGUGAGCCACCUUGUGUACAUGGACAGCUGUGUGUAUCUCCCAACGUUUGCCAAUGUCCUGCCGGGUAUGCAGGGAACAACUGCGCUGAACCAAUUUGUUCGCCGUCCUGCAGGAAUGGAGGACAGUGCGUAUCGCCAAAUGUUUGCGAGUGCCCCCAUGGUUACGGCGGGAAAAGUUGCAGCCAAGGGAUCGUCUCUGCAGUGUACAACAAAGCCGGGGACCAGUGCCUCCGGGGUCACGUGAUCAAGACCGUCUCCGGGCCUAGUCGGAUGCGAUGCGUCGCCGCCUGCAUGCGAAAUACCCGCUGCAAAUCCGUUAAUUAUUACUCAACCGAGCAGCUGUGUGAGCUGAACGGAGUCACCGCUGACGAAGCGGGCACCAGCGACUGGUUUCAUGACGCGGAUUGUGCUUAUUACCAGUCGUCUCAAAAUCCCUCUUGCGAAUAA